CAGCUCAUUUUUACCCUCAAUUAAAGCACAAAACUUGAAUUAUUGUUCUCAUCCCCCAAUUUCUCUUCAAUAUUGCAACCCAACCUCCACUGCUAUCUAAGACCAUAAUUUCACAAUCGACGAUAAUGACUCUAUCAUCACUAAGCAAGCAGCCAAUUGACGAGAGUAUAAUCAGAGAGCAGGUUUUGUCCACUGACAAUCAUGACGGUAGACACUUCAAUACCAAUUUUAUUUUGAGUGAUGCGGAAAAGAUUCUUCGUCUCGGAAUGGGUACUACUGAAGAAGUCUUGGUGGAGAAGUUGAAUCAAGUAGUAGAGCUCGAUAAUAUUUAUGAACAACUUUCUUAUCAUAUCAGACAAGUUUCGAUUGAGAUAGUGUCUGGUUUGAAUGCUAAGAUGGCAAAUCAACAACACUCCACCACUAUUGGCAUACUGAGGAAGCUGUGUUGGUAUUCUUGGGAAGAUAAGAUGGUCCUUAUGCUUGCUGCUUUCUCCAUUAUCUAUGGAGGAUACAUCCUUCUUGAUUCCCGAUUAUGCAAAGGCGUUCCCAAAUUAGGAGGAUUGGCUAAGAAGUUGGGAUCUCUGAUACAAAAUAAUCUAGUUGAAACACCACCCUCCUACGUUCAAAAAGUAGUUGUGGAUUGCUUGAAUUCAAUGUUAGAACUCACCAAAUGCGUAGUUGAACUCAAGCAAUGUCCAUAUUACUCUCCCCCGCCAUCAGUAGUUUUGGCCUUACCAAUGGCUACCUAUUGGAUAGCCACAACUCUUAUUAACGUCAGUGCAGCUUGUGCUUGUGAUACUCAACACUUCAAGGUUCAUCAUCAAAAUGAACUUGAGGAGCUAACUACUUUAAUUGCCAAAAUCCUGGCUACUUUCUCUCCCGAACUAACAAAGAAAAAGGCGGAGGAAUCCUUUCAAAUAUUACGGCAUGCAUGGUAUUACAAUUCUUCUAAUAGGGUAGAACUUUUCAAGUUAAUCUUUAAUGUCAAGGAUGAUGAUGAAGAGAUAUUUAAAAGAGACUUCUGGCAUGGAUUAAAUUAUUGGAGAGACCAUCAGACAGAUCUUCUACUAAUAACAUCAGGCUUUGACAUCUCUCAUGAACAAAUUGAUUUUCUAAAUUGGUAUUACGGCAAUGCAAGCCCAUAUAUUAUUUGGAUCCCAAUAAUGAAGCACAAUGCAACAUGGACCAGUGAGGAUGAACAUCACUUUGAAAAAGUAAAAGAGAAGAUGUGUGACUUGUUUUGGUUGAAUGAUCCACAAAAAAGAUUGUUGCCACAAUUUCCUAGAUUUGUUAAAGAGGAGCUAUUUCCAAAGUUUAAGAUGAGAUGGGGAGAAGAGGCUAUUCUUGUUUCAAUAGAUCGGAAGGGAAGAAUUGUUCAUCCAAAUGUUAUGCAUAUGAUACUCACUUGGGCUCAUUAUAUUCAAGAAAAUACAAUAGGAGUACAAAGACUAUAUAAUAUAACUCCCUUGAUUGAAAAAGAGGUGAAGGAAGGCACAUCUGGAGUUAAUCGUGUUGUGCCUGAAAUCGAUCAAAUGAUACGUGAUUUUUUACAUAACAUUGAAGAUAGGAUAAAUGCUUGGGCAAGCUCGAUUGAAAGCAAAAUACAAGAAGUGCAAGACCAAUCUACCCCGUAUCACAGCGACAGGGAGAAAGAUCUGUGGCAACAAGAAACAACUUGGAGUCUUCAUCUCCUUGCACCAAAAUUUCAAUCCUAUCAAGCUAUUGGCGGACUGAUAAAUGAUUGGAUUCAGGAGGAAAAAUAUAUUUUUUUGUAUGGAGGAAAUGACAUAAAAUGGGUUCAAGAAUUCACUUCCAAGGUACGUGAAGUUGGCUCCAAAAUCCAAUUAAACAUUGAGUUGGUCUAUGUCGGAAGAAACAAGAAAAUAAGAAGAAUCAUUGAUGAAAAACGAAUGACUCAUUCUCCAUUGCACAAUUCUAAAAGUAUAUGGUGGUUUUGGACUCGUCUUCGAAGUAUGUUUUUGUCAAGAAUUCAUUAUUUAGAUGUGACUAAUUGUCUUGUUAAAGAAUACAACAAUGAUGAAAUUUUACAAGGGCUUAAAAAAUUAUUGGCCUACGAAAGCACGAAUACAACAAUUGAAGGAUGGGCCUUGUUAAGCAAAGGAGCAAAAGUGAUUGUAUGUGGACAUGGAACUAAAAUGUUGCAAGUCAUGAAUGAAUAUCAAAUAUGGAAGGAGAACAUAGCCCCCAAAGGUUUUGGACAAGCAUUCAAAGACCACCAUGAUAUGAUUUUCAUGAAUAGGCAUUCUUGUUGUACUCUGGAAUAUCCAAUUAACUUGGACCAAAUUCCUGAAAAUGAAACAUGUCAUGAGUGCUCUCGCAGUAUGCACAAGUUUUUGACUUUCACUUGUUGUCAUGGUCAUGAUGUUGACUCUGAUAAAGCUUGAUAAAGAUGAUGAGUACUGUUGAGAUUUUGUAUUU